AUGAUCGCCAAGAAUAUACUUGCGAAAAGUAACGUUGGAAAGACGUUUAUAGAUGAUAUAAGAAGCGUUAUGGAGGUCGCCAACGAAAUGAGAUAUCCGGAUACGAUGCAGUGCAUUUGGUGUGGAGAGAAGAUUCUCGGCCCGACGUGUCUACCUCCCCACGCAGAUGCUCGCUGUUGCAUCUCCAUGAUGCCAAUACUGGUAGUUCCAUCCUUCAAGUGUCCGUAUUGCUCGUCUCUGGCCCAUCCACAAGAAACCCAAGAACCGGUACCAUGUCCGUACUGCGACGUAUCGAUGGAUCGUAUACCAGUGGAUACGGAGAAAUACGAAAACGAGGCCAAAAAGCUGCAUCUGCAUUGGGAUGGAGAAGUGAAAUCUCCGUGUUACAGUGACUGUCUACGCGAGGAGAUUUCUUGUGAGGAUAUAGAGGAGAACAGUAGGGAGUAUGUCGUGUGCAGUGAUAGUGAAGACGAGGAAGAGUGUACGAAAUUGAGGACGUUGUACGAGAGGUUCGGACGUUUGAAUUUGGAGGAGAUCCUGAAGAUGGAUAUGAGUGAGGACAGUAUUGAAAGGGAAGACGGUGAAGCUAGUAAAAGGAUGAAAUUGGAAAAUGAGGACACUGAUAUUGAGUGA